AGUCUCAACUCCUCCAUACAAAUAUACACGAGCGGUUCCUUGUUUUGGUCUGUUACGGAAUCGCAAAAAAAGAAAACUCAGCGAGUUUUGGAGGAACUUAUGCAGCGGUUCAAACGGACUUGGUACGUUUCCGUUGUAAAUAACGGUCAGAUGCACACUUUGCGUCGGUGCUUUGUGUAAUUGCACUUUUGGGGUUUUUGCAGACAACGCUUUGAUCUCUCGGGUAAAUGGGGUCGUGCGCUGCUGACUGCGCUUGUUUUGAUAAUGCAUUCGGAUCUCCGGACUGAAAAGGACACUGUUUUGUAAUUUUUGCUGUUUUGUUUUUAAACUUGGUGCUCCCCGGUACUUGCAAUAUUUUUGAGGAUGUCCGAUGGAUUAUUUAAACUUAGUUUUAACAAUGUAAUGCUGCUGAAAAAAAUACCUAGUGUACUACGGUAUCGAUGAACUGUUAUAAUUGAAGCUCUUCUCGGAGUGCACAAUUGUGACCUGUUUAAAGUGCUAUUUUUCUAAAUGGAACUAUUUUUAUCUCCGCGCUCACAUUUGGCGAAGAUUACAUGCAUACGGCUUUGACUUUAGAUCCUGCAGUUUUUCUAUAAUUAAUUUUUUAUACCAUGGCAAGCCCCACCACGGAGCAAGGAUGUUUUUCAGACGUGAAGAAGGUGGGUUAUUUAAGGAAACCCAAAAGCAUGCACAAAAGGUUUUUUGUACUGAGGGCGGCGAGCGCCUCCGGACCGUCCCGACUGGAGUACUAUGAAAACGAGAAGAAGUGGAGACAUAAAUCUGGAGCACCGAAAAGGUCCAUUCCGCUGGAGAGCUGCUUUAACAUCAAUAAAAGAGCGGAUUCUAAAAACAAACAUCUCGUCGCGCUUUAUACCAAGGAUGAGUACUUCGCCAUCGCUGCUGACAGCGAGGUAGAGCAGGAGUCGUGGUAUCAAACCUUGGUUGAUCUUCAUAACAGAGGUAAGGUCCACGAAACUGCCGCGGCCCGCGGAGUUGGCGAGGAUAAUUACGGCGAAGCCACGCCGGGACCUGCCUUCAAAGAGGUUUGGCAGGUUAUUUUGAAACCAAAGGGUCUGGGUCACACAAAGAACUUGAUUGGUGUUUACAGAUUAUGCCUCACCAAUAAGACUAUCAGUUUUGUGAAACUCAAUUCUGAUGCGGCUGCUGUGGUCCUGCAGUUAAUGAACAUUAGAAGAUGUGGUCACUCUGAAAAUUUCUUUUUCAUUGAAGUCGGGAGAUCUGCUGUGACGGGGCCUGGGGAGUUUUGGAUGCAAGUGGAUGACUCCGUUGUGGCUCAGAACAUGCAUGAAACUCUACUAGAAGCCAUGAAAGCCAUGAGUGAGGAGUUCAGACCCCGCAGCAAAAGUCAGUCAUCUUCCAAUUGCUCAAACCCCAUCUCAGUGCCUGUCAGGAGGCAUCAUAACAACAAUCCUCCCCCAAGUCAAGUUGGCUUGGGCAGGCGCUCUCGGGCAGAGAGUGUGACAACCACUUCUCCAGUUAGACCUGGCAAACACAGCCAUUCGUUCAGAGUGAGAGCGUCCAGUGAUGGGGAGGGCACCAUGUCCAGGCCGGCUUCAGUGGAUGGGAGUCCAAGCAGUCCGAGCACAGCCCGACCUCAAUCACAGCGACACAGGGGUGGAUCCUCCAGACUUCACCCUCCACUCAAUCACAGCAGAUCAAUCCCCACGCCCACCUCACGUUGCUCCCCCUCAGCCAUCAGCCCUGUCAGCUUGUCUUCCAGCAGCACCAGCGGACAUGGAUCCACAUCUGACUGCCUCUUUCCACGGCGCUCUAGUGCCUCCAUAUCUGGAUCGCCCAGUGAUGGCGGAUUCAUCUCCUCGGAUGAAUAUGGAUCCAGCCCAUGUGACUUUCGAAGCUCCUUCCGUAGUGUGACUCCAGACUCGCUUGGUCACACGCCACCUGCAAGAGAGGAGGAGAUAAACAAUUACAUCUGCAUGGCCAAGCCUGGUUCACUUCCUGGUUCCGGGAGCCAAUCGCGUAGCCAAUCUAGGGGAACGCCAUCAAGACUGGAUGAGCCCGAGCUGGAGAAAUGUUUCCGGAAGAGAACACAUUCUUCUGGUGCGUCACCGCCAACGCCGUGCCAUCAAAAAACUCCCUCACAAUCGUCUGCUACUUCGCUGGAGGAAUAUACUGUAAUGAUGCCCACAUACCCAAGAAGCCGCUCUGCAUCGUCAUCAUCGUCAUCAUACAGGCACUCCUUCAUGCCAACACAUUCAUACCCAGAGGAAAGUAUAGACACUUCACAAGCUAAAGACCACAGUAGACCAGAUCACAAAGAUGACGGCUACAUGCCCAUGCUGCCAGGAGUUGCGCCUGCGACCCCAACAGCGAAGAGCGGUGACUACAUGCCCAUGAGUCCAAAAAGUGUGUCUGCACCACAGCAAAUUAUCAACCCCCGGCAACACUCGCAUGUUGACUCUAAUGGUUACAUGAUGAUGUCACCAAGUGGCAGCUGCUCUCCAGAUGGCACAACAAACUAUGGCAAGAUCUGGACUAAUGGCGUCAACCCUAAGCUCUCCGUAGAGAGCAUGGAAGGUAAAGUGUCAUCUUGUGGAGAUUACAUAAACAUGUCCCCGGCUAGUUGUUCAACGACCAGCACACCUCCAGACUGUUUUUUCAACCCUGUAGAAGAUCAUCCCAAGCCAAUGUACGCUUACUUCUCUUUGCCCCGCUCCUUCAAACAUGCCAACAGAAAGCAGGAUCAGAGCCCUCUUCGGAUAUCACUGGGCUCAAGUCGAUUGGCGUAUGCCGACUCUUCCUCGUCUUCAGCGAGCAGCGACAGCUUGGGUGGUCAAGGCAACUCGCAGCAGUCUGCUGUCAAACCCAAAAGGACAGAGAGCAACGGGAGGCUGACACGUCCGACACGGCUGUCACUGGACGCUAGCAAAGCAAGUACUCUUCCACGAACACGUGAGAGUCCCUUCCCCACAGAGCCCAAAAGUCCUGGCGAGUAUGUCAACAUUGAAUUCAACAGCAAGGCGUUUUCGGCGAGCUUGGCGUCACUGGAAGUGGAUGCUGAGGCCCAAUCAGAUCUUUCAUCAUCGGAGUACAUGAACAUGCAGUUGGGGUCGAGGCAAGCUGGGCGUUUGUGCCCAGAAAUGCAGAUUUCCACUUCCUGUUCGGACUAUGCCAUAAUCACUCCAUCAAACUCUGUAUCCUCCCCUCCACUGCCCUGUGAGAGCAUAUGUAGCCGUGACUACAUCAGUAUGCAGUUAGCAUCCUGCACUAGCUUUCCAGAUCCUCGAAUGAUGCUGAUGACCGAGGCCUUGCCGGAUGCAGAUGAUGCCCCUCCUUGUUCUGUAUCACCCAAUCAUGAUGUGACAACAUUAAGUGGUGUUCCAGGAAGACCAGUUCUGAUCGGACCCUUGUCAGGUCUAAGUGCAUUCACACGAGUAAACUCCACUUCUGGGCGGAACCAAGGGGCUAAAGUAAUCCGGGCUGACCCACAGGGUCGACGGCGACACAGUUCAGAAACUUUUGCUUCAACUGCAACCAGAGGGACAGUUGACACUUCGGCCACCUGUCAAUCAGGGGAUGUGAAGCGCCACAGCUCCGCCUCUUUCGAGAAUGUGUGGUUAAGACCCGGUGAGGCCUCUGCUGCUUCUGCCGGUCCACCUGCAUCUACAGUAACCAAUGGACGAAGGGAAAACACUUCAGGCCCAAUUCCCACACUAAAAAACCAUGACCAGAACGGCCUGAAUUACAUCGAUCUGGAUCUGGUGCAGAAUGGAGAGCAGCAUGUUCCAGACUGGAAUGCGUUCCAAUCUCGGCCAGUGGAGCUGGGAGCUGUCGAAGGCAUAGAAGAGCUCAGUGCCUACGCCAGUAUAAACUUCCCCAAAUCAGAUGAGACCAGAGGGAAUCUCACAAGCAGAGAAGAAUGAAGAGUAGAAAGCUGCCGUUUCUUCAGCAUCAAGACUCAAAAUCUCUCCCCGUUCACCACAAGCCGGACCUCAGAAAACUGGACCUCAAUAAACUCACUAACCUCAUUUUCCAGAACCACAUUAUCACCCGGACGCUACCGAAACCAUAUGGACAAAACAGACCUCAUAACAUCACAUAUCCGGACCUCACAAAUGCUGGAUUCCACUAACCAUAAAUCUGUCACAACCGGACUUUCACUGUGCGCACCUCUUCUUCAGACAUUACUGUCCAACUCGAUACAAAUCAAUUUCUACCAUCACAUGUGGUAAAACAGCACCUUUCGAGCAAAAGGGCAAUGGUACUGCAGUAGUAGUUGUAGUUUUUCAAGCAAUGUUACAUUAAUAAUAUUUAUGUAAAUGAUGGUACCUAACUAGUACCCAAUGUACAACAAUUCUGGUACGGGGAUGCUUUACGAAGCAGCCAUAUUGUUUUGGGUUUGUACGACAGUCCCCAACAGUGUUGAUUGUUCCCAUUUCCUUCAGUACUGCCAGAUAUUUCCAUUACAUAUGGGGUUACACGUUUUUAUACAGAUCUCAAUUAGACUUUUUUAUACACCCAGUACGAACAACCUCAAACACCCCGACCUCACCUCAGGGUUUUUGAAAGAGUUUACACACACACUGUGUUUCAGCACUGUGAGCCAUGACUGACCUCAUGCUGCCAAACACACACUGUGAUGUCUGUCAAACCCGUGUUUCAUUUCAUACUUGGUCACAUUACAGCCCGUGCAAUUGUAAUAAUAAGCAUGGAUCUCACGGAGUUUAUAUUGGCCUCCAAACAGAACUACACCCCCAAUUUUUUUUUUUUUUUUAUGUAUAAUUUGCAUAUAUCUCAUAUAGAGUAUAUAUGGCUUCCAAACAGAACUAUGAAAUACUUUGGUACUAUACUAUUUUUAUUUCUUUUUUUUAUUAUUUCCUUUUUUUUAAUCACAUUUUUUAAACCUUUUUUUAUUUUGAAUAAUUUUUUUUUCAAAGCUAUUUGCGCGAGUGUGCUUAGCGUGAAUCAAAUUUUACAUUAUUUCCUGAAGAACAAUACAGUUGGGAUUUUGUGAAUGAUGCGGGGUGUACAUUUUGUAUUAUUAUUAUUAUUAACGACACAAAUUGAGGCCUUACAGUCCUGGUUGGGCUCAAUAAAGAGCUUAUUCAAGCAAUCACAUUCAUGGGUGUGUAAAUCCCAUGACUGAACUAACGUUUUUGAUCAGAUUGUAUCACCAGUAGUUGGUCAAACUGAACAAAAAAUCUUGCACAAGAAUGUGCCAUAACCGUUUAGUAUGAUACGUCUAAACCUUGUUUGUAGUGCAAGUUGAUUUUAAAAGUUAUGUUUUUUUUUUUUUUUUUUUUUUUCACUUCAAGCAUCCUGCUGUUAAACCUUGGAAGCCAGUCAAAGUUGCUCGCAACUUUUUUUAGGCUGUUUUAAUUCAUUACAGUUAUAUCUUUAUUUCAUAUGGUUUCUUUUUUCUUAUAAUAACUCUUGCUGGGGCAAUGGUAAGCUCACAGCAACAGGUUUAAAAAAAAAACUCAAUGUCUCAUGUUUGCUGCUGAAAUGAAACAAACAAUGAACAAUCUGUAAAUUAUUGAAUAUAUAGAAAUGUUCUUGGUUCUCUUUUAAGAGUUAAAGUAUUUAACAUUUCAUGGUUGGUGUUUCAUUAUAGUUUUUUUGCCUUCAGAAUCUCGACACCUUUUUAAAAUGUGUCCACUGUUCUUAAGUUCAAUCUUUUUUUGUGGGGAUUUUUUGCUUUUAUAGUAAAAUGUGUAAUCCAACCUUUUUGAGAGAAUGGUACGGUUCUAUAGAGUUUCCAUAAUUUUGUAAAAGAUGCUUAUUAAUGUAACAUGCACAUCAGGGACUUUUUCACUUUUCCCACCAACUCCGGAUGGAAUUGCUUUUGGAAACCUGUUACACUUGUGGUUCCCUGAGCUCUGAUUGGCUGUGACAGUGGUGUCCCUGAAACCUGAUAGGCUGUUCUAAAGGUUGCCUGUCAUUCGAUAGGUUACAGUUGUCGAUUUAGCACCCUGCGGUUAUGUUAUGAUACAGGGUGUGGGGCAUCACUCUUCCCACCAUUAAGUGGCCAAACCUUCGACAUCUCAACCAAACUUGUUCUCCUUUGUAAAUAAUGUAUUGUAUAAAUGAAAACCGAUGAUUGGUGGAUACUGGACUGACCAGGGAUGUUUGGUUUUAUAGAUGCUCAAAGCAAGCAAAUGAUUGGUCCUCUUGAAUGAAUGAAUGAAUUCAAACAUGUAAACAAUAUGAGUGUAUGUACAAAUGAAUGGACAUGUAAACAAAUAUGUUUGUUUUCAAUGAAUGAAAUGGCCAGCAGUAAAGAGGGCUGUGUAAACCCCCACACCCUAUUUAGAAGAAUGGUAUCUUCUGGAACCUUGACGUGUAAUAAAGUAGAAGCGCUUAUCUUUUCUGAA